AUGGCGACGGAGUCCCGUCUUGCCGGUGGAACCUGGCCCGUGUUGGCCAAUGGACAGAAUGUGAAUGUCCGGGUUCGCGGUGAGGACUUGACCAUCGUGGUGUUCGCAGCUCCCGCCGAACACGCAAAUAGUUAUCAGCCACAUCUCCCUUCGCGGCCUGGCACCUUCCUCCGUCGCGAGAUCUGGGAUCGGCCCGCCCCGACUACGGACGCGACGAUGGCGGAGUACGAGCGUGCCGAAUUCGUGGACCUACCAGCGUGGCUCAGCACCGCGCGCAACGAUCACGUUCGCGCCAUCCCUGGACUUCCGCCCCCCGGCCCGCAGACUAUCUCUUCGCGGGAACUACGUUGGAUUUUCGAGCCUGUCGUCCGUGAUGUCCUGUUCCGCGGCCUCGACAAUUACCAGCAGCUCCAGAUCCGUGCCCAGCUUCGCGAGGCAAUCCUUGUGACUCGUGCUGGCCGGGUGCCCCCACGGGGCCAGCAGUGCUCUGAGUGCCGCAACCGUAACGCGCACCGCCCCUUCACCCACUGUGUGUCUGGCGGAUUCGGUGAGAAGUGCAAUAAUUGUUUAUACCGCGGGCACGCUAGAUGCAGCUUUGCUUCUUGGGUAGCCUAG